AUGGCCCCUAAACGUACGCGUAAAGCUAUCGUUAAACAGACUCCAAGCUCUGCUAGCAGGGACUCUUCUAAAGUGACGAAGCCUGCGGCUGAAAAAGCCACUUCUUCUAAAGCUACCUCCAAAGCCUCGAAAGCCUCCAAAGUCUCCUCCAAAGCUUCUUCCAAAAAGUCUACCGAAAUGGCAGGGAAGACUACUCCUCCCAAGAAAGGCAAAGAGCCUGCAAGGUCCAGGUCUCUUACCCCAGAGGAGCCCAUGAAUCUGGAGAGCGCCACGAACCCGCGCUGGCCAGCGGACAAGAAGGAUUACGCCAAAUUCGUUGAUUACAGCGUCCUAUCUGCGUAUGCCAACGGGGCAGACGUCGUCAGACCAACGCGAGGCAAAAAGAAUCCGAGAUGGACUCAUCACGGAGAUGAGCCUCUUACAGACCCUGCAGAGCUACCAGAAGGGUGGAGCCCCAACGAAUUGGAUCUGUUUGAGGAGGAGAUCGAUGCGCAGAUUGAACGAUGCCACGAGAGAAUUGACGACAACAUCUUCCCUCACAUGUUCCAACAGAGGCUUGACAUGUACCUCGAAAAACGGAAGCAGCGCGACGAUAUGAUUGCUGCGUGGCCUGAUGGCAUUGACUGGGAGACGGUUCAACGACUGCACUCCUUGAAGGGCAUGGAAGACUUCUUCACUGAAAACGGAGACGAGGAUGGCCAGCUCGCAAAUGUUAGGGCUAUUAUCAAUGCCUACAAAAACAAGGAAAUAAUGUUCGUCAGGGGCAUGAUGAGCUACUGGUCUAAGGGAGAGCAAGUUGGUGCACCGGAGCCGUGGGACCACACACGACACGAAGCAAUUACUGCGCAGUAUGGAUCACAUCGGGAGUUUUGGGUUGAAGGGUUCUUUGGAGCAACACCUAUGCCGCAGAUGAAAUAUGCCAUAUACAACCAGCACAAAGCGUACCCUAUACAUUCAGUCCUCACAGACUUGCGAUCAGCUGGCGCAGGCGACAACUGUCUACGCUACUCAACCGAUCUCCUGUAUGACACCGGCGCGUCCGUCAUGUCCAUUGCUCAAGUGGACGUGGACUGGAUGGUUUUCUUGUCUGGUAUUGAACCUCCUACAGUCGGCUUCCUGGAUAUGUCGACUGCAAACGGUAUCGUCAGAAGAAGAGUUGUGGAAAUUGAAGUCACCAUUAGAGAUCCUCUCGGAGACGUUAUGUGUCCGUACAUGAAGGUGCUUUCUACGGUGGACCCGAACCCCAAUAAUCAAGCCAGACUUACAGGACCUUGGAUGCGAUUUGUUCUGUUCACUGGCACUAGCCCUAUGGGCACUCAUGUUACUCUCGCUGAUCAGAAACAGGAGCUUGUUCAGUCUCUUCCAGAUUGGAAUUUCACUCGUACUUUCUCGUGA